UAAGAGAGAAUACAAUAUGGCUUCUUCUUUGCUUCAUUCUUUGUGCCUUGUUAGCUUCGUCUUGGUGACGGUGGUCGUCGGAACGGCGUCUGCGGCGGCGUAUGCUCCGCCGGGAUUUAGAGCUAGUGCGUGGGAACUUGCCCAUGCCACGUUUUACGGCGAUAGCGGCGGUUCUGCCAACAUGGGUGCGGCAUGUGGGUACGGCAACAUGAUAAGCAACGGUUACGGGACGAAUACGGCGGCGUUGAGUUCAGUGAAGUUCAGCAACGGGUACGGUUGCGGGCAGUGCUUCCAGCUCCAAUGCACAAAUUCGCCGCUGUGCAACAGAGGUGCUAUGGUCACCAUCACAGGCACUAAUCUAUGCCCACCAAAUUGGGCACAGGACUCCAACAACGGCGGGUGGUGCAACCCGCCCCGUACCCAUUUCGACAUGGCCCAGCCCGCUUUCACGAAGAUUGCCCAAUAUAAAGCUGGUAUUGUACCCGUCUUGUUCCGCAGAGUAGCAUGCGUGAGAAGCGGGGGGAUCAGAUUCCAGUUCCAGGGGAACGGGUACUGGCUGCUCGUAUACGUAAUGAACGUCGGAGGGAGCGGUGACGUGGCGAGCAUGUGGGUGAAGGGGACGAAGACAAACUGGAUAAGCAUGAGCCAUAACUGGGGAGCUUCUUACCAGGCAUUCGCAACCCUAGGUGGACAAGCUCUCUCUUUCAAGAUUACUUCUUACACUUCUCAUGAAACUAUUAUUGCUUACAAUGUUGCCCCUGCCAACUGGCAAGUCGGAAUGACUUACGGCGCUUCCGUCAAUUUCCGCUGAUUAAUUCAUUCAUUAUUAUUAUUUGAAAUAAUAAUUAUGAGUUAUUUGUGAGUUUAAUUUGUACACGAUAUAUUUAUUAUAUAUCCACCUCAAUUAAUCC